UUGUCCUUCCCAAAGCUUGGGCGGAUGGAGGAGGAGGCUGCGAGGAAGAGGAAGAUGCCUUGUGCCCCCCAGGCAGGCCCCGAGCUGAGGACGGAGAGCCCGGAGGACAAAUCCCCCCGUGAGACCCUGGUGGGAGAGGCCGUUUUGAAGGGCUCCCCGGCGCAGGAAGGCAGCGGGGAGGAAAAGGGCCGGAGAUCCCCCCGCAGGAGGGGCUCCAAAGCCAUCCCAGGGUGCUCUGAGAAAGAAGGACCCAGCCUGUGCCGGGAAGGCAGCUGGAGCUUGAGGGGGAGUUCUGAGCUGGUGGUCCCUGAUCAGCCUCCCAGCAGGGAGAAGCCCUUCAGGUGCUUGGAAUGUGAGAAGAGCUUCAGCUGGAGCUCCCACCUGAUCCGACACCAGCACAUCCACACUGGGGAACGGCCCUACACGUGUGGGGAAUGUGGGAAGAGCUUCAGGUGUAGUUCCCACCUCCUCACCCACCAGCACAUCCACACUGGGGAACGGCCCUACACGUGUUGGGAAUGUGGGAAGAACUUCAGCCAGAGCUCCACCCUUCGCACCCACAAGCGCAUCCACACUGGGGAAUGGCCCUACAAGUGCUUGGAAUGUGGGAAGAGGUUUCAGACCAGCUCACAUCUCCUCAUGCACCAGCGGACUCACACAGAUGAGAGGUCCUUCCGCUGCACCGACUGCGGGAAGGGCUUCAACCGGAACUCCACCCUCGUCACCCACCGGCGCAUCCACAGUGGGGAGAGGCCCUACAAGUGUGGGGAGUGUGGGAAGAGCUUCACCCAGAGCUCUACCUUGACCAGACACCAACGGACCCACCAGUAAGAGAAGCCCUACCAG